CGGCUGUGCUUCCAGCGGUAUCCUCAAGGCCUUUCUCAACCAGCAUCAAUGAGAGCAACACGCAAGAGCUCAGACAAUGCAGCAUCGCCAUGAACUUGGGAACAGACCUGUGGAAACAGCCAGAAAGUAGCUGGAGUUUCCAGAGAAUCUUUAUUGCAAGCAAACUGGUAGAGAUGCUGCGCUUUACAAGGUAUGGUGAUUCGCCAGCUAUGGGCACGACAUUCUGCCUGCAACAUCGUCAGGAUCCCGAGAAGGCGAUCGAACUUGUCGGCAAGUGGGUUGACGAUAGUAUUGCCAUAAAAGAGCAGGGACACAAUGUCGCGGCAUCCGACAGCCAGACAAAUUCUCCGCAAUUGACGAACAGAGCUGCCCAUAACAGCGCCAAAGAAUCUCCGAGCAUUGUAGAAAGCCCAUGACAGAACGGGGAGAAAUCGCAAGGAUCAGGCAUCAAAUCGCAUCCUCAGGAGCCUGCCACUUUGUCUGCGGCCAGCGAUCAAAGAAAUGAUGACUUCGAUGAGUAGGAUUUGGAGCCAUCCUCUGCAUUGUCAAGAUUGACUCCAGCCUUUGCGAAACAGUUUGAGUAGGAAUUGAAAAGCUUCAGUGGAGGACAAGAUUGAAGUAUGCUUAGGGGGAUUCUGCUAGGCACUAUACAUUCAUUACAGAUUGAAGACAUCCCAGUCUGGCCGCUGUCUUCGGUGAAUACCUCACAAUCGAACGCCACAAGCGGGCGAAGAAGCGUCGAACUGUGAAGAAAUAAUGGUGCAGCUCGCUGAAAUGUAGGUUCAUAGAU